AUGACCCCUAUCGCUUCCCCCGCCGCGCCCCAUCUCCCCGCCUCUCACUCCGCCAGCCCUCUUCCGCCCCCGCCCCCUCCCGCGCCGUCCGCGGGCUUUGCGCCGCCGCGCAGCUCCCCCGCGCCGACCGCGCGGCUGUCGUUCGGCUCCGUGUGGCCCAAGGCGCGCGACGAAGCGAUCGAGGUGGCGAAAGAAUUCCCCAACGGCGACACGUAUUACGGCGGAUGGUUACUCGUCGGCGGCGGGUUACCACACGGCCUCGGGUGUUACACGUGGGCUGACGGGAGCGUAUACGAGGGGGAGUGGGUCAAGGGGCAGAAAAACGGGCAGGGAAUGUUUUUAUGGCCGUCAGGGGCGAGGUAUCAGGGGGAAUGGAAAAAAGGGCAGAUGCAAGGAGUGGGAACGUAUUGGGGCGCGGACGGAUCUUUUUACACGGGCAACUGGGCAGCCGGAAUAAAGCACGGGCUGGGCAGGAAAAUUUACCCUAACGGGGAUUCGUACGAGGGGUUCUGGAGCUGGGGCGCGGCGGAAGGUCCGGGGCGGUACAAAUGGCGCAACGGAAAUGAGUAUUUCGGGGAGUGGAAGGCGGGGACCAUGAGCGGAUUCGGCGCGUUUGCUUGGGCGAGUGGGGAUAGAUUCGAGGGGGAGUGGGAGGGCGGGUAUGAGCAUGGGCCGGGCACGUUUGUAUGGGCGGAUGGGAGUCGGUAUGAGGGGACGUGGAGUCAUGGGUUGAAGGAUGGGAAAGGGGUGUUCUACCCUGCGGGGUAUAGCGUCAACAGUGGCAGCAGCAGCAGCAGCAGCAACAGCAGCACCAGCGGCGCUGCUACCGGCAUUAGCCGUCGCUCGUCACGUGCGAGCACUGUCGAUGCCUCUUCUGCUGCCGUUGAGGCGCCUCAAAAACCGUCACGUGCUAGCACUGUCGAUGCCUCUUCUGCUGCCAUUGCCUUGUCUACUAGGAUCGCCCCCCCUUCUGUUGCCAAUACCCCUUCUGUUGCCAAUUCCGCUUCUGCUGUCAAUACUACAAUCGCUGCUAAUUCCGCUAGUCGAGAGCUCCGAAGGAGGAGAAGCGGGAACGAUGCUGCUAUUGAGAGUGACUUAAAGGAAGGCGAUUUAGCCUCUGGUUACCACACCCACGGUUACAACCGCAGGUACACCUACGGUUACAAGUGCGGGUACACCUACGGUUACAACACUGGGUACACCUAUGGUUACAACUGCAGGUACACCGACUGUUACAACUGUGGUUACACCUCUGGGUACGCCGACACAGCGGAUUGCGGAGUGGGCGCGGCGAGUGAGCAUAGAGAGGCAGCUUGUAGAGGGGACAAGGGCGCUGGACCAGGAGCUAGGGCAGCAGGCAGCUCAGCAGGAGCAGCUUUGGAGCGGGCCGCUGCGAGCAUUGAGAAUGCUCCGCACUGGGAGUUAUGGCCAAAGCAACAGAGGAGUGGGACAGAUGGUGGUGCUGUAGCUGGUGUGUUGGAGCCUGAAGGGUUGGCAGAAGGGAAAAGCACACCAGAUGUGGGAGUGGGGAGAGCAAGGGGAGUAAGGGGAGUGGAGGGAGGGAGAGGGAUUGCAGAGGAGAGGGGAUUAGGCAGGGGUGGGUUCCCUUUGGCGGGUAAGAGUCUGAUUUUGAGGGAUGAUCUGCUGUUGAAACUAGAGCCUGUUGAUGCCAGGAAGGCUCGGCAGCAAGCAGUGCGGCCGCCGAGCCUGCAGGUGCCAAACCCAGGCUCUUCAAGCCUGACGCCGAGCCUAGUGUCUCCAGACCACGUCCGGGAUUUGGACGAGGCAGCAAGGAAGGAGAGGAGUCCUAGGGAGCCGUGGCAUCCUGCUCACUCUGGCAUGGGCGUCGCAGCAGGAGCAGCAGGAGCAGCGGCAGCGGCAGGUGCAGCAGCAACUGCCGUAGCAGCAGGAGCUGCAGCGGUGCUUACGACGGCUGCAGCUGCAGUGGCAGCAGCAGCAGGGGGUGCGGGAGUGAAGAGACAUCAUGAAGCCAGUAGGGAGAGUCAGCAAGGGGCAAGUAGAGUGAAGGAAGGGGGCCGGGGUGAGAGUGCGACGGAAGCAGGUGCAGGGAGGAUCAGAACAGAAGAGGGGGGAAUGCAAGCAGCAGAAGGGGUGAGCAAAGCAGGAGGGGAGAGAGUGAGCACAGCGGCGGGUGUGGGAGGGAGCACAGCAGCAGGGAGCGUUGGAGGGGCCACAGCAGGGAGCAUAGGAGGGAGUGCAGGUGCAGGGAAGCAGCAGCACAAGAUGGCGAGGCUGGUGACGAUGGGUCCUGUGCCGGGCCGUAGCGUGGCUUACCAUGAGCCGGGGCGGGGAGGUUCGGCGUCUUCUGAGCCGGGGCGGGGAGGUUUGGCAUCUUCUGAUCCAGGGCGGGAAGGGGUGGGGUACCAAGAGGUGGGGCCGGGGCGAGGAGGAGGGGUGGCGUGUGAGGAGAUAUCGCGAUCGGGGCCGCUGUGCAUCCGAGUUGCUUCUGACACUGCUGGCGUUCGAGGUGGGGAGGGGUCAGCGUCAGCGUCGCUCAUCACCUCACCCAUGUUCAGCACGAGCCAGGCAGUGGGGCCGACAGGGGGGCAGCAGGCCGAAGCCAAGCACAAGAAGAAGCACUUCCUCCAUAUCUCUUUUCCUCACCCCUUUCCCUCACUCCUCUUUGCGUGCAGGCGGGGAGGGAUCAGCAUCAGCAUCGCUCAUCACCUCUCCCAUGUUCAGCACACACCACCCCACCACCUUUUCCAUUCCUCUCGUUCCACCUCUCUCUGCAUGCAGGUGGCGAGGGAUCAGCAUCGGCAUCGCUCAUCACCUCUCCCAUGUUCAGCACGAGCCAGUCACUGGGAGGGCCCACAGGGGCAGGGCAGGGGGGAAGCAGGGACAGGAAGUGAUCCUGAUUUCUGUCACCUCUUCCAUGUUCACCCGCUUGCGUGCAGGCGGCGAGGGGUCAGCAUCGGCAUCGCUCAUCACCUCUCCCAUGUUCAGCACGAGCCAGCCCAACACUUCCCUUCCCCACCUCCUCAAGUUCUCACUUCAUCUCUGCUCCUCACUCCUUUCCCUCACUUCCCUUUUCUUGCAGGCGGGGAGGGGUCGGCCUCAGCGUCGCUCAUCACGUCUCCCAUGUUCAGCACGAGCCAGUCAGUGGGAGGGCCCUCAGGGGCGGGGCAGGGGAGCAGCAGGUCGAAGCCAAGCACAAGGAGGGGAACGGUGUUGGUGAAAGAUGACCGUGCUUCUUUUCCUCUCGUUCCACCCCCCUCCCAUGCGUGCAGGCGGCGAGGGGUCAGCAUCGGCAUCGCUCAUCACCUCUCCCAUGUUCAGCACGAGCCAGCCCAACACUUCCCUUCCCCACCUCCUCAAGUUCUCACUUCAUCUCUGCUCCUCACUCCUUUCCCUCACUUCCCUUUUCUUGCAGGCGGGGAGGGGUCGGCCUCAGCGUCGCUCAUCACGUCUCCCAUGUUCAGCACGAGCCAGUCAGUGGGAGGGCCCUCAGGGGCGGGGCAGGGGAGCAGCAGGUCGAAGCCAAGCACAAGGAGGGGAACGGUGUUGGUGAAAGAUGACCGUGCUUCUUUUCCUCUCGUUCCACCCCCCUCCCAUGCGUGCAGGCGGCGAGGGGUCAGCAUCGGCAUCGCUCAUCACCUCUCCCAUGUUCAGCACGAGCCAGCCCAACACUUCCCUUCCCCACCUCCUCAAGUUCUCACUUCAUCUCUGCUCCUCACUCCUUUCCCUCACUUCCCUUUUCUUGCAGGCGGGGAGGGGUCGGCCUCAGCGUCGCUCAUCACGUCUCCCAUGUUCAGCACGAGCCAGUCAGUGGGAGGGCCCUCAGGGGCGGGGCAGGGGAGCAGCAGGUCGAAGCCAAGCACAAGGAGGGGAACGGUGUUGGUGAAAGAUGACCGUGCUUCUUUUCCUCUCGUUCCACCCCCCUCCCAUGCGUGCAGGCGGCGAGGGGUCAGCAUCGGCAUCGCUCAUCACCUCUCCCAUGUUCAGCACGAGCCAGCCCAACACUUCCCUUCCCCACCUCCUCAAGUUCUCACUUCAUCUCUGCUCCUCACUCCUUUCCCUCACUUCCCUUUUCUUGCAGGCGGGGAGGGGUCGGCCUCAGCGUCGCUCAUCACGUCUCCCAUGUUCAGCACGAGCCAGUCAGUGGGAGGGCCCUCAGGGGCGGGGCAGGGGAGCAGCAGGUCGAAGCCAAGCACAAGGAGGGGAACGGUGUUGGUGAAAGAUGACCGUGCUUCUUUUCCUCUCGUUCCACCCCCCUCCCAUGCGUGCAGGCGGCGAGGGGUCAGCAUCGGCAUCGCUCAUCACCUCUCCCAUGUUCAGCACGAGCCAGUCAGUGGGAGGGCCCUCAGGGACAGUGGGGGCGGGAAGCAGACCGCGCACAAGGAGGGGAACGGUGCUGGUGAGGGAGUAUGUGCAGGGCGUGCUCGUGUCGGAAACAGCCAAGAGCGACAAAACCGUGCUGCCUUGCGGGAGCUAAGAGAAAGCGAUUUUUCGCAGCACGCGGGGCCAAGGGCCGUGCGAUUUCCACCGGAGGGUUCUCAGAUCACUCCCCCGCACCAAGUGGCUCCCUUCAAGUGGCGGGACUUCUGCCCUGCCGUUUUCAGGGAGUUGCGAGCGCUGUUCGGAGUGGACCCUUCAGACUACAUGCUGUCGCUGUGCGGCGAUACAGCACUAAGGGAGUUAUCCUCCCCGGGAAAGUCGGGAAGCGUCUUCUAUCUUUCCCAUGAUGAUCGAUUCAUUAUUAAGACCAUGCGCCGAGCCGAAGUGCAUGUGCUCCUGCGAAUGCUCCCCGCAUACUACGAGCAUGUGAAGCAGUACGAGCACACACUCCUCACCAAGUUCUUCGGCCUGCACAGCUGCAAGAUCUACAAGCCAUCCACACACCGUGAUCCCCGAGGUGUGGAGAUGGGAAGCCUCUUCAACUCUGCCUGCGUUGCUCCGUCCGGUCCCACCUCUCCCUCAUUGCUCCCUUCUCCUCCUUCUUCCCCCCUUAAAACCCUUCCACCCCUGCAGGGCAGCACCAUGAUUCGAUUCGUGGUGAUGGGAAAUCUAUUCAACUCAGACGUGCGUUUGCACCGCCGCUUUGACCUCAAGGGCUCAUCGCAGGGUCGCAGCAUGGACAAGGUGGCGAUCGAUGAGACCAUGACCCUGAAAGACCUUGAUCUCGACCUCGCCUUCAGGCUGCAUGGAGGGUGGCGAGACCUGCUAUUAAGGCACCUCUGGCCUCUCAAGCGCUCCUCACAGGGUGCCAGCAUGGACAAGGUGGCGAUCGAUGAGACCAUGACGCUUAAAGACUUGGACUUGGACCUCGCGUUCAGACUCCAUGGGGGAUGGAGGGACCUCUUGUUAAGACCUGCUGCGCGCGUGGACCAAGGCGCGCGCGUGGACCAAGGCGCGCGCGUGGACCAAGGCGCGCGCGUGGACCAAGGCGUGCGCGUGGACCAAGGCGUGCCCGUGGACCAAGGCGUGCCCGUGGACCAAGGCGUGCCCGUGGACCAAGGCGUGCCCGUGGACCAAGGCGUGCCCAUGGACCAAGGCGUGCCCGUGGACCAAGGCGCGCGCGUGGACCAAGGCGUGCCCGUGGACCAAGGCCCUUACCUCACCUAA